CAAUCCGGGAGGUGGAAGCCCUUGAAGCUCGACAGUAUUUCUAGAACUUAGUCAAGGCUCAAAGAGAAAUAGCUUGGUUUUAUUGAAGAUGGAAAUUGAUUCUGGGUCGGGAAAACCAAAUGUUAAAACCUCAGAAGAAGGCAGUUCAAUGAAUAUGGAUUCCCAGGAACCCUCUGAAACAAAGGGAGACGGUGAUGAAAAGGAGCAGCUUGCUGGUAUUAUGGACAAGUUAAAUAUCGAGUCCUCUUCAGACGGUUUCAAGAGAAAACCGGUGAUUAUUAUUGUUGUUGGAAUGGCUGGGAGUGGGAAAACGACAUUCCUUCAUAGGCUGGUUUGCCACGCUCAAGCUUCGAAUAUUAGGGGUUAUGUGAUGAAUCUUGACCCUGCUGUAAUGACCCUUCCAUUCGGUGCUAACAUCGAUAUAAGAGAUACUGUUAAAUAUAAGGAAGUUAUGAAGCAGUUCAAUCUCGGACCUAAUGGUGGAAUCCUUACAUCACUUAAUUUGUUUGCUACCAAGUUUGCUGAGGUUAUCUCGGUUAUUGAGAGGCGAGCGGAUCAACUUGACUAUGUUCUUGUGGAUACUCCAGGGCAGAUUGAGAUAUUUACCUGGUCUGCUUCAGGGGCUAUCAUUACAGAAGCAUUUGCUUCAACUUUUCCUACUGUAGUCACUUACGUAGUCGAUACGCCUCGUUCAGCAAGUCCAGUUACCUUCAUGAGCAACAUGCUUUAUGCUUGUAGCAUACUUUACAAGACACGGUUGCCUCUUGUGUUAACAUUCAACAAGACUGAUGUUGCACAACAUGAAUUUGCUUUGGAGUGGAUGGAAGAUUUCGAGGCAUUUCAAGCGGCAAUAAGGUCGGAUAAUACAUACACAUCAGCUCUAACUGAGAGCCUGUCCCUCUCUCUGGAUGAAUUUUAUAGGAAUUUACGAUCUGUUGGAGUGUCGGCUAUUUCUGGGGCUGGAAUGAAUGAAUUCUUUAAAGCCGUUGAAGCCAGUGCUGAGGAAUACAUGGAAAAUUAUAAGGCUGACCUUGACAAGAGACGAGCAGAAAAACAACGCCUAGAGGAAGAAUGCCAGAAGGAGAGCAUGGAUAAGUUGAGGAGGGAUAUGGAACAAUCAAGAGGUGAAACUGUUGUCCUGAGUACUGGUUUGAAAGACAAAGAUGAGAGUAGAAAGACAAUGAUGAAUCCCGAAGAUGAAGAACCAGUGGACGAAGAUGAUGAUUAUGUCAGGUUCAGUGAAGAGGAUGAAGAUCUUAUAGAAGAGGAGGAUGAAGAUGAAGAGAUUGCCAGGUUCUCCUUCUAAUAAUAUAUGUUUAGCCCUGGAAGGACUAGCAGCACAACCAGAAUCGUAUCGGAUUUGUUGCGACUAUAAAUUCUCUUUAAACUUCGUAGAUGAUCUCACAUUUUGGGUGAAUAUUGGAGGUUCUUAAGAACAACUUUUUUUUCUGGAUUAAA